AUGGCUAGUAAAAAUGAAACCCAUAUGACUGAAUUUGUCUUGGUGGGACUCUCUUCUGAGUUACAACCAUUUCUUUUUGGUGUAUUUUUACUUAUUUACAUUUCCACUUUGACUGGAAAUUUAUUUAUCAUUUUAAUUGUGACUCUGGAUUCACAGCUACAUGCUCCCAUGUAUCUAUUUCUCAGAAGCUUGUCUAUCACCAAGAUGCUCUACACUACUGUGACAAUGCCUCAGAUGCUCAGAGACUUCUUGCACCAAGAUAAAGCAAUUUCCUUUUUAGGUUGUGCGGCCCAGUUCUAUAUCUUUUGUUGCUUGGGAGCAGCAGAAUGCUUUAUACUUGCAUUCAUGGCUUAUGAUCGGUAUUUGGCCAUCUGUGACCCUCUUCACUACAUGACUAAGAUGACAAAAUCAAAGUGGCUGAUUUACGAAGCCCAACACGCACACGCGCAGGCUGUGUUAGGGUCGUGGGUGGCUGGUUUGUCCUUACCCCUGGGUAAUAUUAUUCUUGUGUUUAGCCUUCCUUUCUGUAAUUCGAACAUCAUUGAUCAUUUCUUUUGUGAUAUACUACAAGUGGUUCCUUGGGUUUGUUCUGAUACUCCUCUGGCCCUAUUAAUGGUAAUUAAGCCAUAUAUUCUAAUUUAUACUUUUUUAGUCGUACCCUUACCCUUUUUACUAAUUCUUGUGUCCUAUGUACGUAUACUCUUCAAUGUAUUCAGAAUACAUUCUUCAGCUGGACGUAAAAAGGCUUUUUCAACAUGCAGCUCCCAUCUUGCAUCUGUAGGCCUGUUCUUUGGUUCAGCCACCAUAACCUACUUAAGAACAAAAGCUAUUGAUACUUAUGGAGGACCCAAAGUGUGGUCUCUUAUCUUUCUUGUUUUUGUUCCAAUGCUUAACCCAUUAAUAUACUGUACAGUCUUAGGAACAAUGAAGUAA